AGAGUGACAAACAUAAACAGUAGGGCCGCUGUGCUGGAGGAAAUUACCUCCCAGAACCACUGGCACACAUCCAGCACAGACACAUUCAUCUGUUUUCCUCCGGCCCGACUCGCAGAACAGCUCACCAGCACAUGGGGGAGGGGGGAGAGGAAGACACGAGCCAGAGACGAGUCGAGCAGUGAGCCAAUCAGAACCGAGGGUGAGAGAAGAGCGAGGGAGCAUGAGAGGGAGUAUGAGAGGAACAUGAGGGAGAGGGAGAGAGCGAGCGUCUGAAAGUUUUGAACCUGUGAUCAUGCUAGGUGAUGCGGAGCCGGACUGGGGAUUCUUCCAAUUUGCCGGGACAAAGGAAAUUCUUCGGCAAGGAAAACAGUGAAGUGAGAAGAGAGAUAUUUGGGAUUUUAAUUUUUAACACCUCACAGCCAGACAACUUGUCAGGACAACGGUGAUGUUUUCUUCUCUUUUUUUUCCCUCCUGUCUUUUUUGCCAGAAAUUACAGGACACAAAAUUAAGAGCAAGCAAGGGCCACUGACAUCUACCUAACGGAUAGUGGGUCAGUGCAAACACAUAAAUGUUUGACACAUGAAGACCUUCCACACACGCUGCUGAAUCAUGGCCGAGAAUAUAUCUGACACACGGAACAAUCGCUUAAAAGGGUAAAAGGACUGGAUACGAUAGCAGAAAAUUAUUGGAAUCUGUGAACAAGUUCACAUUUAAGGAGGACCACUAAUUCUUUGCGCAACGCAAACCGGAUGGGGCCUGCACCAUACCAAGCAGCAUGACGCAGUACUUAAGGGCCAGCAACCACCAUAACUGAAGACACAAGCCGUGGCUAAUGGAUUACUACAACAAUCUAAAGUAGCAGGACAAGAGCACAGACAAAACCAAUCUCCUCUUCCCCAAACGAGGGUGACGUUAUACAGCUGAUGGGAAAGAGGGGGGUCACUUGUGAGCUGUUGCUGCCACCGCACACCUCCCUCCUGUUGCUGGCCCCCACCCCCUGCCCGUCCUGAAGGAGCUCUGUGAACAUGCUGGCAAAGCCUGCGGGGACCUCCAGAGCAGAGUGCCUUCUCUCCCUCUUCCACUCACAGCCCGGUCAGCCAGCACGAGCCCUUUGCCCUGCGCCAUGUCCCAGAGAGAUCAGGUAUCCCUGCUGCUGCUGCCCAACACCUCCGACCCCCUGGACUCUAACGCCUCCCUGGUGGAGACGGGUGACGGAGAGGACCCCCUGCCCCUGCGCUGGGCCUCCCUACUCAUCCUGCUGGUCAUCAUUCCCACCAUCGGGGGCAACAUCCUGGUCAUAAUGGCCGUGUCGCUGGAGAGGAAGCUGCAGAACGCUACUAACUACUUCCUGAUGUCGCUGGCCGUGGCGGACCUGCUGGUGGGCCUCCUGGUGAUGCCUCUGGCCCUGCUGAGCGUGCUCUUCAACUCUGACUGGCCACUUCCCGAGUUCCUGUGUCCCAUUUGGCUCUUCUUGGAUGUGCUCUUCUCCACUGCCUCCAUCAUGCACCUCUGUGCCAUCUCCCUAGACCGGUACAUAGCCAUCAAGAGGCCCAUCCAGCACAGCCAGUACAAGUCCCGCGCCAAGGCCAUGGCAAAGAUUGCAGUUGUAUGGUUCAUAUCGAUCGGAAUUGCCAUACCGAUUCCCAUCAAGGGCCUGAGAAGCUUCCAUCACCCAAACAACAUCACCUUCAACCAAAACCACACUUGUCUGCUCAAGCAGGACAGUUUCUAUGACUUCAUCAUGUUUGGAUCGCUGGCAGCUUUCUUCAUACCACUCACCGUAAUGAUGGUCAUAUACCUGCUGACCAUCCAGGCCUUACGCAAAAAGGCCUACUUGCUCAGGUCACGGGUGACACAACGCUACUCCAGGCCCACCAUCUCCACAGUGUGCCAGCGUGAACAACCCAACUCUUCUCCGUCGGACUCCACCAAACAACCCAACUCUUCUCCAUCAGACUCCGCCAAACUAGCAAUGCUAGAGGGGGUCAAGAGAGAACGAACUGGUAGCCCCCCCAACCCCUUUAUGGGUCAGGACAUCCCUAUGCGCAGACUGUCAACCAUGGGUAAAAAGUCCAUGCAGAACAUCAGCAAUGAGCAACGGGCAUCAAAGGUGUUGGGGAUAGUCUUUCUUCUGUUUGUCGUCAUGUGGUGUCCUUUCUUCAUCACAAAUGUAACAGCAGUACUCUGCAAGAGCUGUGACAUUAAGGUGGUGGGUCGGCUCAUGGGCAUCUUCGAGUGGAUUGGCUAUGUUUCCUCUGGAGUCAACCCUCUGGUUUACACACUUUUCAACAAGAACUUUCGCGAGGCGUUUGCCCGCUACAUCACCUGUAACUACAGUGGAGGGCCCAGGCCCCCGAAAGUGCAGCAAAAGACCCUGACUCGUAUUUCCUUUCGUUCCUCCGUGGCUGAGAACUCAAAGCUCUUUAUGAAGCAUGGUAUGAAGAAUGGCAUCAGCCCAGUGAACUAUCAGAGCCCUCUGCGAAGGAGAGCGGCACCAAUUCAGUCCUCUACCAGCGUGUUGCUGGACACUUUACUGCUCACAGAGAAUGAUGACUGCAAGCCGGAUGAAAAUGUUAGCUAUGUGUGACCUUUUGAACUGGAUGUCACUAGACACAACAAGGGAAAGUCAGUAAAUAUUGUGGCUUUCUAAGAACAUGACUGGCAACAAAGCUCUUCUAAUAGGUGGAAGCAUUGAUCUGGCAAUAUAAAGCCUAAUGAGUUGAAGGGGCUGAAUCAGGACCCAAUUGUGGAUGUCAGCAGUUGGUGGAAUUAAAAAAAAAAAGUGUGGACAUUCAGUUCAUCUUCUAUUCUAACCCAACUUGCUUGCUCUAAGGGCAUAAGGGAGAUUCAAUGUUGACAGUCAGUUGAAGUCAAUCAAACACAGCAUGGAUUAUCUUUUGAGCCUUCUAUGUACACAUGACUUACUGUUCUUGAAUGUCACCUGAUUUUAUUGAAAAGAUGAAAGACUAUGCUUUUUUGUGCCAAAUAAGCAAAAGAUUUAUACUUUGCCUUUAGAGUCAGAUUUUUUAUGUUUGGAGAAAAAAUGCCAACCAAUGAUUGUACAUGCUAAGUGAGACAAAGACAUAUGUGGGCAGACUUUGGUGUCCUUGCCAAAUAAAAUAAAUAAAGGUUAGAGACAGAAACAUUUCAGGAUUCAUAGAGAACAACCUUUAAAAAUAUGCAAAGCUGGGUUUGCCAUAACACAGAUGUAUCUAGUAUUAAUGACUGUUUAUAUAAGUUUUCAUAAUGAACUGCCAUGAAUACAACAGUGAGAAAAAUACUACACCUCAGACAAGAUUUUCAUUCCUCUACUGUUGCAACAAUGUGUAAAAACUAGAAUCAGAAGUCAUUGUAAAGCUAUCUGAAUGUAGGUAACCAAAAACACCUCAAACAUCCAUCAUCGGAUUUGUGCAUGACCCCAUAAUGGCUAUAGCUAGUAAUAAAAUCUCAACCAGUC